ACCACCACCAGCAGCAGCAGCAGCAGUUACCGGGCGGACAGGACACCGGAGACCGGGAAGCAUCGAUGGCCCCGGUGCCUGCGGACUGAAGAAUGGGCUCCACGGUGUCAUGGCCAGAUCCAGCAGCAGAAGCUCCGGGCACGGGGAGCCGCGGGGCCCCGGGCCGGCGGAGCGCUCCGAGCCCCGGGAACUGUCUCUGGAGGAGGUGCUGAAGUGCUACGACCAGCCCAUCAACGAGGAGCAGGCAUGGGCCGUGUGCUACCAGAGCUGCCGCGGGCUCCCGGUGCCUCCGCCGCCCGCCGGCACCGGCCCCGGCCGCGGGAAGGAGCCGUCCUCCAUCCUCCUGCACCGGGACGGAACCGUGUGCUUACAGCGGGAGCCCCGGGUCCACGACGACUCUGACGAACCUCCUCCGUCACCGACUGCAGAGCGACAGGUGGUGCAGUCGCUGGGCGUGGCCAUCUACAGAGCUCUGGACUGGGGCCUGGACGACAGCGAGGAGCGGGAGCUCAGUCCACAGCUGGAGCGCCUCAUCGAGCGCAUGGCCGGCGAGGACCAGGGCGAAGAGGGAGACAGCAUCGCCGGAAACGGAACGACAGAUGAGGGGUACAGCGGACAGGAGGAGGAAGAGGAGGAGGAGGAGGAGAAGGGGGGGGCGAUAAGGCCGGUACGUACGUUCCGCCAGGUGAUGGCGAGAUGUGCGUCCCGGCUGUCCAAUCCCAGCAUGGCUCCAGAGCACUAUCAGGCUGUGUGCAGGGCUCUGUUCCUAGAGACCCUGGAGCUGCAGACCUUCCUCACCAAGAUCAGAGACGCCAAGGAUAUGCUGAAGAAGAUCACAACAGAGGAAGCUCUGGAAGAUCGGUCGACGGCCGAGCUGGACGCCCUGAAGAACAGAGACUGGGCCCGUCUGUGGGUGCAGCUGAUGAAGGAUCUCAGACAGGGGGUGAAGCUGAAGAAGGUGCAGGAGCAGCCGUUCAACCCGCUGCCCACAGAGUUCAGCCUCACGCCCUUCGAGAUGCUGAUGCAGGACAUACGAGCGCGAAGGUUCCAGCUGCGUAAAAUCAUGGUGGACGGUGACAUUCCCACCACAGUGAAGAGAAAUGCACAUGAGCUGAUCCUGGAUUUCAUCAGGUCGAGACCUCCACUCAAACCAGUCAUGGAGCGCAGCCUCCCCCCCCCUCCCCUGCAGCAGCCGUCCCUCCAUGACCGGGUCCUGGCUGGGAUCAAGCAGGAGAGGAAGCUCCGGCCCGUGGACCCGCCCAGCUCCAGACCUUUCGGCUCUCUGCCCUGUCUCGCUCAGACUUGUCCCUGCAGCGUCAAAUCUACUUCAUGCAUCGACCUGUCUGUGUCGGACUCGGGGCCCCGGGCCCCGUCCCGCCCUCGCAUCCUGCUCAAGGCCCCGACGCUGGCAGAGAUGGAGGAGAUGAACAUAUCAGAGGAGGAGGAGUCCCCAGACAGCAGCGAGCUGAAGCGGGUGGAGAGCUCCCCCACGCCUCUGAAACGGGAUCGUUCCUUCUCCGAGCACGACCUGGCCUUGCUCCGUGGAGAGAUGCUUCCUUCGCUCUCCGAGUCGGCCCAGCAGGACGGGGGGGUCAGGCUGAGGGGCCAGAGGCCGCGGUCCCGGACGCUGACCAGCGGCGGACCACCUCCUUACUUCAGAGCAUCCUUCCCGGGUCACAGCUGGGCGCCGUCCUCCCCGGCCCGUCUGUCUCUGAGCUCGGUGGACGAGACCACGGAGGCCUCCGAGGCGAGGUCCCGCUCCAGAGCUGCAGACGAGCACCAGUGGAUGGAGGAGUUCAGUCACCCGGUGGAGAGUCUCGCUCUCACCGUGGACGAGGUCAUCAACGUGCGCCGAGUGCUCGUCAAAGCGGAGAUGGAGAAGUUCCUUCCGAGCAAAGAGCUUUACAACAACCUGAGGAGAGGCAAGGUCUGCUGCUGCUGCAGAGUCAAGUUCCCUCUCUUCUCGUGGCCGUCUACGUGCCUCCUGUGUAAAAGAUCCGUCUGUGGCUGCUGCAGCGCGAAGAUGAAGAUUCCCUCGAAGAAGAUGGCUCAUAUCCCUGUGUACACGGUGGGAUUCCACAGCACCCCCAAGAGCCACGCACACAAAAGCCAAGUCUAUAAGUCCCUGAGGACUUUGUCCCGGCGCUCGGUGGAGGAGGAGUUUCCUCACCUCUACGCUCACGGCUGCACGCUGCGCGACAUCUGCGCCGAUUGCACCAAGUUCGUGGCCGAUGUCAUUUCUUCCAGCCGCCGGAGCGUGGACAUCCUCAACAACACCCCCAAGAGGGAGGCCAAGGCGGCUGCCGCUGCUCCGAGGCCACAGCUGCAGCAUCAGUCCCACCUGGAGACUUCCCCCAGCCUCACCUCCCAGCCUCACCCCAGCCAGCCUCACCCCCAGCUCCCUCCCCAGGCCCCUCAGCAACAGCAGCGACUUCACGCAUCAUUGCCUCCUUCUUCGCCGCAGCUCCGCACCGAGACGAUCAACAAUGUGAACCAAUGAUUAGAUACACACUGUUUGACUGUCUGACACACACACACACACACACACACACACACACACACACACACACACACACACACACACACACACACACACACACACACACACUGUGUUUUUCUUGCUGUUCGGUUGUAAUACUCAAGCAUCCGAUGUCUCGUCGCUUGCUGGAGUCUUAAACCUGUGGACAUGUUGACGUGGGGAGGGUCCACCUGUGGGACGGACGCAGCAGCAGAGCUCCUUUGAAGGAGCCUUCGAAAGAGGACAGGUCUUCAGACGCAGCUUCUGAAAUGAGACACAGUUUAUGAUCCAGUGGACUCUUCUUUAAAUGAAGUAUUUAAUGAAAUGAUGUGAAACGCUGUAUAGAGAGUUUUUAGUGAGAAUCUAGAGACACUGACUCACUCAUCAUCCAGCUCAUUAUCGCCCACAUCUCACGUGCACACACGUGCACAGAGCCCCCUACUCACUUCAUAGGCUUUCAGCAGGAGGCCGUUUUCCCUGCAGCUCCAGGACUUGCCUCCCUGAAGCUCACAGCUUCACAGGGAAGCUCUGGUGGUUAAACUCUGAGGUGGAGGUGGGUGGAGGCAUUUACUCGACAUGGACCCAUAACAUUUUAGCUCCCUGUUGUUGCCUUGUGUUUACUCAUGAAUGUAAUUUAGAGGAACUGAACAGGAAUAAAUUUAAUCAAAUUCUAA